AUGCCACCUCCACAAGGCCGUCGUACCUCAUUCACUCCACAUCCUGGAUGGUCAGCUGUGGAUGAAUACACAAUGUCAAAACUUCAUUCCAGCCAAAAACCAAAUCAUGGAACGCUCGCUCACGCUCUUCGAAAUUGCUCAGAGAAAGGCCUUCCGUCAAUAAGUUCGUCUCCCGCACAAGGGAAAUUCCUCGCCUUACAAGUAAAAUCUAUGAGAGUCAAGCACGUGCUGGAAGUUGGAACGUUAGGAGGAUAUGCUUCGAUUUGGAUUGCUACUGAGAAUCCAGACUGUAAGACUACUACGUUGGAAUUCGAUCCCAGGCAUGCAAAGGUAGCACGCGAAAAUAUCGAGCAUGCUGGAGUAAGUGAUAGAGUUGAGGUUUUGGAAGGAUCGGCGGUGGAUAUAUUACCUGGCUUGUUGAAGGAAAUUGAGGAGGGGAAGAGGGAAAGGUUUGGAUUGACAUUUGUUGAUGCUGAUAAGCUCAAUAAUUGGACAUACUUUGACUUCGGGGUCAAGAUGAGUUAUUCUGGAGCUGCAGUCUUCUUGGAUAAUAUGGCCUGCAGGGGAGAUCUAGUGAGAGAAGAUCGAUUUGAUGAUCCUCACGUUGAAGGUGCAAGAACGGCAAUUGAGAAUGCUGGGAAGGACGAAAGAGUCGACUGCGUAGUGAUGCAAAUUGUCUCGGAGAAGAAUUGGGACGGGUUCUUGAUGGCUGUUGUCAAUUAA